AUGGCACACCCAAGAAAGCUUGGCCGAGACGUCUCAAUCGGUGAAUUCGAUGCAGCCACAGGACUCACACACGUCACGCACCAGCGAGGGCGACUGCUUUUCAACAUGGGGGCCAGCGUGAAGAAACAACAGCGACGAGAGCUCGAUGACCUCGUCGAGACCGUCACAUCGACACCUGCGAGUUGGAAGGGCAAAAGUCCGGUUCCAACCCAUUCCAUCCGCACGUUCACGGGUCUGUCCUUGUAUCCAGAGGAAGCCAAUUACCUGGUCCAGCGAGGAGCGCUGGUGAUCUAUUGUACGUCAGCUGAAGAUAAAGUUGCAAAGGAAGUAAGCGGUGCAGACUUUACUGCACUGUUGGCCAGAGAUGCCAAUGUAUCCCUCGCCUGCUUGGACGUGUACUCGUUCUUGAAAGAGCAGAAGCUGCACCCUCGACGCUGUCUAGAACCGGUUGCAGCAAUUGCAAGUGGAGGUCAUAGAGACGGUCGGAGCGUGCCUCAUCAUGUCGAAGAAAGCACUGGAUCCUGUGACGUGGCGUUCGACGUCUGGAAGACUGUUUCCGUUGAUGUCCUUUUACCUCGCACGAAUGCAGAGCAAGCUACGCAGUCGUCGCCUGCUGCGAUAGCAACUGCAAAGAACCCGAGACCGAGGAAGAAGUUGGGGCUAGUCUUCCGCGUGGCCGUGUGUCGCUAUUGGGACAUCGCUCCCAGCCAACGCAGUUUUCGACAACUUCUUCAACGCAGCAAAGCUCGCGAUUGCGGGUCGAGUAGUGGCAGCUCCUCAUUGACGUGCGGGCAAGUUCCCGUGAAAUUAGCCGUCGUUCACCACGACCGGAGUGUCCUGCUCUUUGAAAUCAGCGAUAUGUGA